AAAUUUUAACCGAUUUGCCGAAUUUAAACCUCAAAUAAAGGAAAAAUGAAAUAAUUAAUGAAAAAAAAAAAAGAACGUCGAGCUUAUAAUUAAACAACAUGUCUGAACGUGAACUUCUGUUGUUUGAAUAAGAAAUCGUAUGAAUCAACUUCAUCAGGUUCGUAUUAAAUAUAAUUGUCAAACUUCAACGAUUCACGAAAAGCAGAGGUAAUCAAUUCGAUCGGCACGAUUCAAUUAUACUCGAUCUGAACUCGACAGAAACGAUUACAUUUAGCAAAGCUUUGUACAUACAUAUGUGCACAAAGAUAGGGGGACGCGUGUUUGCUCUUCAAGUCGAAGCAUAUGCAAAUGAAAGCUUACAAUCGGAUACUAUACGUGUCAGGCGUAUUCCAUUUCCAUGAAUUGGCCCGUCGUACGAUGUCUGAAACAGCCUAACGGUAUCGAGCAACCGGUUACCGACCGGUUGUAAUUCAAGCGAAACUGAAACGAGCAGAAACAAGAUCGAUGCCCAUCGAUAUCGAUAGGAACCACACGUUUGUGCGUUCGACAUUCAGAAAAAGAAAAAAACCUUGUGUACUCUUCGAGAUGCGGGUAACGAUAAUCCCGCUAUAUAAAACAAACCGACCGUUUAGUCGUGGCCAGUGUCGUUUCGACAGCCGAAAGAAAAGCCAUGAAGCUACAAAAUUUCGUUGAACAUCUCGUUUGUGGUUUGCUGUUGGUGCUCAUCUCGAGGUCCAUUCACUGCAGUAAAUUUAAUUCAUCUAACGUGCAAGAAGACGAAUUGGGACAGACGCGAGGCGUCCUCGACUUUCUGUUUGGCAGAUUCAGAACUUGCGGCAAUUGUCUUUGCGGAAGGCCAAAUCGAUCUAGUGAAACGCGAUUCCUCGGCGGAGAGUAUACAAAGUCUCACGAAUUCCCCUGGCUCGCGAAUAUUCAUGUGAAAUCGAAAUUACUUGUCAGUGGUGCUCUAAUAAACGAUCGUUACGUUUUAUCCUCGGCUAGUCCAUUUAUUGGUGUAACCACGCCAGAAGUAAAAGUAUCGUUUGGAGAAUACGAUCGAUGCAAUUUGGAUACAUCGUCGACCAUCGUCAGCGUUGAAUCUUUGAUUUUGUAUCCAGAGUAUAAUAUGGAAUCACACGCUCAUAACUUGGCGCUCAUAAAAUUGAGCCAACCGAUUAAAUUCGACAGAAGAAUAUCGCCCAUUUGUCUGCCAAAUCCUGGUUCUACUUAUCUUGGACAGGUUGGAACUUUGGUUGGAUGGACGUUAAGCACAGGAGAGGACACGAACAAUAAUCAAACUUGCCGGCCGCGAAAAUUAGGCCUUCCAAUUUUGGGACGCGAGGAAUGUAUUGGAUCUGGCAUAAAUUCUAUGAACUUUCACGACGAUUCAGGUUGUGUUGGAGUAUUAGGUGGAAGCUCUAUCGUAUGCGAGAACGAUGUAGGUUCUUCGGUGCAAUAUCGCUCGUAUGCGGGAGUGUAUGAUCUAGUCGGUAUAAUUUCGGACAUAAACAAAUGUGGUAGCACUGCUGCUAUUUCGAUAUUCACAAGAAUCGGUCCACAUUUAAAUUGGAUAUUACAACAAACCAAAAAUGCGUGUUAUUGUUCAAAAUAAUUACAGCAUUACAGCAACUUGCUCUAUAUUACACGUGCAUUGAAUUAUGAUAUUGUCACUCUAAAUUUCUGAAAAAAAAAAAACAUGUAAAGUCAUUAUUAAAUGAGGAAACAUUCAUCAUUUCGAUCAAUAAUCUUUUCACAAUGAAAAAUAUCCUUGUGAAAAUGUAUACGUACAAUAAUGUUCAGUUUGUUGUACGAAAUUUAUUACAUACUCGAUGUCGGAACUUACAAUAAUAUUUUUAUCGUAUGUGUGUACAAGUGGACGGUAUUUGCAAUCGUGACAAAUUAAUUUGGUACAAGUUUCGAUGAAUAUACAAUAAUUGAAUGGUUCGGGUUUGAUAUACAUACAUAGAUAUAACUAUAAACACCUGAAUAUUUUGUGCACUGAGAGAACUUAAAUCUAGUACAUACAUAUACAUAAAUAGUAUUGCUUAGAUAUGUCUCACAUUAAUGUUAAUGCAUUCGAAUUUUCGAAAUAACGAAUGUGUGACAUAGAAUUAUAAAGUUUUCCUUGGAAUAUAACAUUUAGUCACAUGCUGUGUUGAAAAUAAAAAUUAGAACUAGAGUAUAUUAAUACUGCAAUAUACAAUAUAUAUAUCAUCGAAGGAACUGUUUGCAAAAACGUAUCAUAAAAUUCUAGUGUUAUUUCUCGUAUGCUUAUACAACGCUUUUGUGUGAACAAAUAUAACAACCGGUGGAAAAAAAUGAAUAAAGUAAAAUUAAUUAAAAACUAAUAAAAA